CGCAACGUGCUCUCGUGUUGAUGUCACGGCGCGGACGGAAGAUGGCGGGGUUGUACGCCGGCAGCUGCUGAUCCUGCAGCACAGAGCCCGAGCGGAGCCCGGGUCCUGCUCCCGCCACCUCGGAGCGGCUGCCGCCAUGUCACUGCUGCAGUCUGCACUCGACUUCCUGGCCGGCCCUGGCUCCUUGGGCGGAGCUGCCAGCCGCGACCAGAGCGACUUCGUGGGGCAGACGGUGGAGCUGGGCGAGCUGCGUCUGCGGGUGCGGCGGGUCCUGGCGGAGGGAGGGUUUGCAUUUGUGUAUGAAGCUCAAGAUCUGGGAAGUGGCAGAGAGUAUGCAUUAAAGAGGUUACUGUCCAAUGAAGAAGAAAAGAACAGAGCCAUCAUUCAGGAAGUUUGCUUCUUGAAAAAACUUUCCGGCCACCCCAAUAUUGUCCAGUUCUGCUCUGCAGCAUCCAUAGGAAAAGAGGAAUCGGACACUGGGCAGGCUGAGUUCCUACUGCUCACAGAACUCUGUAAAGGACAGCUGGUGGAGUUUCUCAGGAGAGUUGAAUGUAAAGGUCCUUUGUCCUGUGACAGCAUUCUGAAGAUCUUCUACCAGACGUGCCGAGCAGUGCAGCACAUGCACAGACAGAAGCCACCCAUCAUCCACAGGGACCUCAAGGUUGAAAACUUAUUGCUUAGUAACCAGGGGACCAUUAAGCUGUGUGACUUUGGCAGUGCCACAACCAUCUCCCAUUAUCCUGACUACAGUUGGAGCGCCCAGAAGAGAGCAAUGGUGGAGGAAGAGAUCACAAGGAACACCACUCCCAUGUACAGAACACCAGAAAUUGUAGACCUGUAUUCCAACUUCCCCAUUGGCGAGAAGCAGGAUAUCUGGGCCCUGGGAUGUAUCUUGUACCUGCUAUGUUUCCGGCAGCAUCCUUUUGAGGAUGGAGCAAAACUUCGGAUAGUCAAUGGGAAGUACUCUAUUCCUGUGAAUGAUACUCGUUACACAGUCUUCCAUGACCUCAUUCGCGCCAUGCUUAAGGUCAACCCAGAGGAGCGGCUGUCCAUCACCGAGGUUGUCCGCCAACUGCAGGAGAUUGCAGCAGCCAGGAAUGUGAACCCCAAGGCCCCCAUCACUGAGCUGCUGGAGCAGAAUGGUGGCUAUGGAAACUCAGGGCCUUCCCGAGCACCACCCCCUCCUGGGGGCCCCAUGAACAGCAGUUCCAGUGGAGGCCUGGCUGUGGCAGAGUACGACCAGCCCUACGGUGGGUUUCUCGACAUCCUGCGUGGUGGGACAGAACGGCUCUUCACCAACCUCAAGGACACCUCCUCCAAGGUCAUCCAGUCUGUGGCUAACUAUGCAAAGGGUGAUCUGGACAUAUCUUAUAUCACAUCCAGAAUUGCAGUGAUGUCAUUCCCAGCAGAAGGUGUGGAGUCAGCGAUCAAAAACAACAUAGAGGAUGUGCGGUUGUUUCUGGAUACCAAGCAUCCGGGACACUAUGCGGUCUACAACCUGUCUCCAAGGACAUAUAGGGCAUUCAAGUUCCAUAACCGUGUCUCUGAGUGUGGCUGGGCAGCCAGGCGGGCGCCACACCUCCACAGCUUGUACACUCUUUGCAGAAGCAUGCAUGCCUGGCUCCGAGAAGAUCACAGGAACGUCUGUGUCGUACACUGCAUGGAUGGGAGAGCUGCAUCUGCUGUGGCAGUCUGUGCAUUCCUGUGUUUCUGCCGACUCUUCAGCACUGCAGAGGCUGCUGUGUACAUGUUCAGCAUGAAGCGCUGCCCACCAGGCAUUUGGCCAUCCCACAAAAGGUACAUCGAAUAUGUGUGUGACAUGGUGGCAGAGGAGCCCAUCACUCCCCAUAGCAAGCCAAUGCUGGUGAAAGCCAUCAUCAUGACUCCUGUACCACUUUUCAGCAAGCAGAGGAAUGGCUGCCGACCCUUCUGUGAGGUCUAUGUGGGGGAAGAGCGUGUAACCACCACAUCCCAGGAGUAUGAUAGGAUGAAGGAAUUUAAAAUUGAGGAUGGCAAGGCAGUCAUCCCUUUGGGCAUAACAGUUCAAGGGGACGUACUUAUCAUCAUUUACCAUGCCAGAUCAACCUUGGGAGGGAGACUACAGGCCAAGAUGGCGUCCAUGAAAAUGUUCCAGAUCCAGUUCCAUACCGGGUUCGUGCCUCGGAAUGCAACCACUGUGAAAUUUGCAAAGUAUGACCUGGACGCUUGUGACAUUCAGGAGAAAUACCCAGAUCUGUUCCAGGUGAACCUGGAGGUGGAGGUGGAGCCUAGAGACAAGCCUACCCAGGAAGCACUACCCUGGGAGAAUGCCAGCCUAAGGGGGCUAAACCCCAAGAUCCUGUUUUCCAGCCGGGAAGAACAGCAGGACAUGCUGUCUAAGUUUGGGAAGCCGGAGCUCCCCCGGCAACCAGGCUCCACAGCUCAGUAUGACGCUGAGGCGGGGUCUCCAGAGGCUGAGAUCACAGAGUCGGAAUCACCGCAGAGCAGCGGCACGGACACCAACCACUUUCUUCACACGCUGGAUUGGCAGGAGGAAAAAGAACCAGAGACUGGAGCAGACAGUACCUCUCCUAAGGAGAAUCAGUCUGUCCUGAUUACAGAUAGAGAUGGAAGUGAAGUGUCAGAUGAAGAGGAGCCUCCAUUCCCCAGUGAGGACAGGGAGCCAAGGGCCAGCGAGGACAUGCCAAGCCUGGUAGCUGGGAUCAUACAACAAGACUUAAUGUUUGAUGCGGGCACACAGGCUGCCCCACAGGAGGCUGUACAGCAGGAAGAGGGUGUCGAUCUUCUCGGGCUGCAUUCCGAAGGGGACUUGAGGCCUGCUGCCCCAUUGCAGGCCUAUGGUGCCCCCUCCAGCAACGCUGACCUGUUGAGCUCCCUUCUUGUACCCUCUGAUGUUGCUCAAGUGGGAUCCCCUGGUGACCUGCUUGGUGCCGAAGCAUCCCUGCUUCUGGGCGUACAGAGCACCCCACAAGGAGGAGCCCCUGCCACUGUGGACCCUUUUGACUCGCUUCUGCUACCUUCCAACUCUGAUACUCAGCCGUGCUCCAAGCCUGAUCUCUUUGGCAAGUUUCUCAACCCUGGCUGUGUGGCAGCCUCAGCUGCCUUCCCGUCUACCCACAGUGCUCCACCCCCGUCUUGCAGCACUGCUUUCCUGCACCUGGGGGAUCUGCCAGCAGAACCCAGCAAGGUGAUGGCCUCAUCCAGCCACCCAGAUCUACUAGGAGGAUGGGAUGCCUGGGCUGAAACUGCUGUGCCUGGGUCGACCCCCACACCAGCCCUAGAAGGUACCGUCUUCUCUCCUGGAGGUCAGCCAGCACCUCCUGGGCCCCAGCCUAGCCAAACCAAAUCUGAGAGCCUAGACCCAUUUGCUGACCUCGGUGACCUCAGCUCCAGCCUCCAAGGCCCACCUGCUGUACUUCCUGCAGGGGGCUUCGUUCCCACAUCAGCCACCACUCCCAAAGGCAGCAACACCUGGCAGACAAGUCGUGCCACAGCCCCGGGAACCUCAUGGACCCCCCAGGCCAAGCCAGCACCGAGAGCCUCUGCACAGCCAAGGCCUCACUUCAGUGUGAUUGGGGGCCGAGAGGAGAGGGGCAUCCGUGCACCCAGCUUUGCCCAAAAGCCAAAGGUCUCAGAGAAUGAUUUUGAAGAUCUACUGCCUAAUCAAGGCUUCUCCAAGUCUGACAAGAAGGGGCCAAAGACCAUGGCAGAGAUGCGGAAGCAGGACCUUGCCAGAGAUACAGACCCGCUCAAGUUGAAGCUUCUGGACUGGAUUGAAGGCAAGGAGAGGAACAUACGUGCACUACUGUCCACAUUGCAUACGGUGCUAUGGGAUGGGGAGAGCCGCUGGACACCCCUAAGUAUGGCUGACCUGGUCACUCCAGAGCAGGUGAAGAAGCAGUAUCGCCGGGCCGUAUUGGUUGUGCAUCCCGACAAGGCCACAGGGCAGCCAUAUGAACAGUAUGCCAAGAUGAUCUUCAUGGAGCUGAAUGAUGCAUGGUCUGAGUUUGAGAACCAAGGCUCUCGGCCGCUCUUCUGAGGCCUGUGAUGGCCGUGGCUGCACGAGCCCAAACGCUACCGGCCUGAUCGUGAGGUACCUACAAGUCCAUAAGAGGUGUGACAAGUGACAUGGCCCCAAGGGCCUGGACCAUCUAUGCCCAGUCAUCCCUUCAUUCAUGUUGGACAAUUGCCAAUCCAUGGCUGGGCGAGAAAUCAUUCCACAGCUUUGAUGUUUUGUUGUUUUGUUUUUCUUUUCCUUGUCCCAGAGGAAAAAUAAUUGACUUAUGCCUCUUCCACAGCUGUCAGUUUGUGAUUUACGUGGUGUCUGGUGGCUGUCACCUCUUGAGUGGCACCUGUCGCUGGCACUGCUAGUGUCAUUUUUCCAAAUCUGGGUGUGUGUCCAUAUCCCACUCUGUGAUCAGUCUGCCAAUCAUCUGUACAUAAUUAAACUAUUUUCUGAUGACUG